GAAGACGUUCCUCCGCCGGCUGUUAUAAAGAGCCGUGGUUCGGGGCACGGCGUUGUCGGUGGCGCUAGCUGCAAGUCGGGUGGCAGGGUUUUCUAGGAUCUGCCUAAAUUGGCGGCUCUCAGCAUGUUUCACUGGCUGUUCACUCUGUCUCUGCUGAGCUGCGUUUCCUCCACCUUGUAUUUUCGAGGAAGCCAGCCUUGUUACAAGAUCUUGGCCGGCAAGAAGUUUCAAGGAGUCAGGUCUUACCCUCGGCCCCAUGAAUACCUUUCUGUUGCUGAUUUGCCAAAAGUAUGGGACUGGCGCAAUGUGAAUGGCAUUAACUUUGCAAGCACCACCAGGAACCAGCACAUCCCCCAGUACUGUGGAUCAUGCUGGGCCCAUGGAAGCACCAGCGCUCUGGCAGAUCGGAUCAAUAUUAAACGCAAAGCUGCUUGGCCAUCUGCUUACCUGUCUGUGCAACAAGUCAUUGACUGUGCCAGUUCAGGUUCCUGUGAAGGUGGGGAUCACAUGGGUGUCUGGGAAUAUGCACAUACACAUGGCAUUCCAGAUGAGACCUGCAAUAAUUACCAAGCCAAGGACCAAGAUUGUAAGCCUUUUAACCAAUGCGGCACCUGCACAACAUUUAAUGUUUGCCACGUGGUCAAGAAUUACACACUCUGGAAGGUUGGUGACUUUGGCAGAGUCAAUGGGCGAAAGAAUAUGAUGGCAGAGAUUUAUGCCAACGGUCCAAUCAGUUGUGGCAUUAUGGCCACAAGAAAACUAGACGCCUACACUGGAGGAGUGUAUAUGGAGUACCAAGCAGAGCUAGUGAUAAACCAUAUUGUGUCAGUAGCAGGCUGGGGUGUAGAGAAUGGAACUGAAUACUGGAUUGUGCGCAACUCUUGGGGUGAUCCAUGGGGGGAAAGAGGUUGGCUCCGAAUUGUCACCAGUGCCUACAUGGAAGGAAAAGGAAACUCCUACAAUCUGGCAAUCGAAAAGGACUGUGCCUACGGGGACCCUAUCCUGUAGUAGUGUACAAGUUUCGCCACACACCCACUCUUCAUAGGAAUUGAACUUUUUAAAAAAUACAUGACCACUUUAGAUUUCUUAUUAAUGUAAGUCUGAGGUAUACACAUUACUUUGUAUUCUGUGCCUCCAUAGGUGACUGAAUAGAAUUGUUUUAAAAUAAAAUCAGAUAAAGCUGUACAA